AAGAAGCACAGCAAGGUUGCAAGGUUCACGAUUAAUUCACACAGCCUUUGCGGAUAGCUAAUUGCAUUAUCGAUUUAAAAUCGAUUAAUUGUGCAGCCCUCACUUCCCUCUUCACAGGAAGGGGAGGAGCCCUGGACAGCCCUCACUUCCCUCUUCACAGGAAGGGGAGGAGCCCUGGACAGCCCUCACUUCCCUCUUCACAGGAAGGGGAGGAGCCCUGAGAUAAAGGAACCGCUCUCCUCUAGGUGCUUGAUGUCAUCGCAAGUUGAAGGACAUCAAGUCGAUUGAUCAAGUUCAAGUUGGGCUUGAGACAUAUUUAUAUGUUAUGAGCUAAAUAGAAUCAAAUUGAAUUGUUUAAAAGAUAACCACUGAUUUAUGUUAUGUGUACUGUAUAUAAGAGUUACUGUGAGCGUUUUGGUCUCAGUUAGUUUGUGGGGGUGAGAGGAUGAAUAGAGAUAUUACUACAGGUCUGAAUUAGUGUUAAAAGUCUUGGAUGUGAUCUAUUUUUGUUUGUUUAGAGUGUGUUCUAAGCUGUUGGAUAAAAAUGGACACAAGUUUAAGGGAAGCUCUCUGGAGCCCAGCGGACAAGUGAAGCCAAGGGCAUAUUCCACACACACUAAUGCGCUGUUUGAAAGCUCAUGAGGCAGUUCAAGAAAUACAUCUUUAAAUAUUUAUCCUGGAUAUUUGUGAAACAUUUCUUCUGAACAGAGCCGACUUUGCUUUGUCUCAUGUGUCCAGGGGGAGUGUGCUGCGGUGUGCUGAGCGCUGUGCUGAGUGUGUGCUGCGGUGCGGUGCGGUGCGGUGGUGGACCUAUUUUGGGAGAAGACUGGCACCAAACGGAGCUGAAAAGAGGAAGAGGAAGAAGAGGAAGUGAGAAACAAGAUGGAGUCUGUGGCACUGGAACACUCUCCCACCGUCGACGAGCUGGUGGACGCCUGCAUCCAGGCCUUUGAUGAGGAGGGGGCAGUGAUGGACUCAUCUGUGGUGCGCAUGUUUCUUAUGAUGCAUCCGUGGUAUCUGCCCUCCACGGAGCUGGCCAAGAAACUGCUGCUCAAAUCGCAGGAGGAGGGAUGCACAGACGACGUGAGGUCCCAGAUAUGCCAUCUCGUCAAGUACUGGAUUGCUGAGUUUCCAGUGGAGUUUAAUUUGAACCAUGAACUGGCUGAUCAGAUCAAAGACCUUAGGGAGCUCCUUAGCACCGAAGGCAACGAGCAACAGAGCCAGCUCAUCGACGUGGAGAGUGUGCCCUCGUACAAGUGGAAGCGUCAGGUGACCCAGCGCGUGCCGUCCAUGUCCAAGAAGAGAAAGAUGUCUCUGCUGUUCGACCACCUGGACUCCUGCGAACUGGCCGACCACCUCACCUACCUGGAGUACAAGUCUUUCUGCAAGAUACUGUUCCAGGACUACCACAGCUUUGUGAUGCAUGGCUGCACGGUGGACAACCCUAUACUGGAGCGCUUCAUCACCCUGUUCAACAGCGUGUCCCAGUGGAUCCAGCUCAUGGUGCUCAGCAAGCCCACCGCCCCGCAGAGAGCAGCGGUCAUCUCCAGCUUCAUACACGUGGCGCAGGUCAGCAUCUCACACUUCACACAGGUCACUAAGGUCACUAAGGUCAAAGGUCAUCUCAUUGGAUACAGCUCAUGGUGCUCAGCAAGCCAUCAGACGCCGUCAUCUCACACUUAG